UUUCUUUAUAUAUUUAUUAUAUAAGUAUAUUACUACGGUUUUGUGCUUUCUCUUGCGCACAACACCCAAUAAAACGACGUAUUAAAAAUCCAGCAGGCGAAUGUCAUAAUACUGUGACAGUCUGCAAUUUGUACUGCAAGCCAGCCAUGCUUUUGUACAUGUACAUGCAUAGCCAGCCAUUUUGAGCUACGUUGCGAGUGCGCAUCAAAAAUGCAUAGUGCAAAUGUUGGUUUUGUCUACAUUUUGUUAACAAUUCGCCAUUGUUGUUUUUUUACGCCUGUUGGACGCCGGAGAGUUUCGGAAUCGAAGUUGCAGGUGGUGCAUUUUUCUCUUGACACAAUCUCCAGCUUGAACGAAUCGAAGUCCGCCACACACAAUAUUACUAUUGCAUUUCCUCAUGGAGCAGAAAAAAGUGCCAACACUUUUGGACAGCCUUUUAAAGGUGGCCUUGUCUUAGACGGGACUGACCAAUUUGGCCAGAUACACCAGCCUCCUGUUUGGCUGAUUGAUUUGGACGAAGCUGAAUUUGGAUUUACUGUUACAAUCCAAUACAAACUAAAUGCCAAACCUUCGAAACCGACGUACAUCAUUUCAACCAAGCACCGAAUCUUCGAUUCUGCAAAUGUUGCCGGUUUAGGGCUUAUGGUGAAUUCAGCUACGAAUGAACUGGAAAUACAAUGCGGCUUCCGAGCAAUUAGCUGGUGGUGCACAUGUGGUCCGAACAGCGGAAGUCCCGGAAUGUGGCACGUUGUCCAUAUUGGCGGCCGAAAUCGCUUUGGGCUACUUCAGACAUCAGCCGCCGUCGACGGUAUCUCUUGUGCAGAUUCAGGCAGUUGUUUGGCCAGGGACCCCAUCCCAAACUAUGGCGUUACGGGGCGUAACAAGUUUUAUCUUGGAACGGAUAGCUUAUUGACUAAGCCAUUUGCGGCAAUAGAGAUUAACGAGAUGACGCUGCUCAACGUGUGGAUGGACAGACCUAAUAAAGAGAAAUCUUUUCGCUCUUCUUACGGUGCAUUGCCAACGUGCAAUCAGUUGCAUCAGCUAUACGAGCCUAGUGAGCUUUGUGGCGACUCGCAGAUCCCAACACUGCAGCACGUGCAAACGCUUAUUGACGCCCAGGUGUUCAGCAAAUCUUUGAAAAAAUCUUGUGCAGCAAAGGAUUUUUGCUCCCAUUCUCCCUGCAACGGCAUUUGCCUAAAUUUGCCUUUAGGAUAUAAAUGCUUGUGCGCUUCUGGUUAUCAGUGGAAUAAUGUCUAUUUGCAGUGUUCGACUAACUGUACCGGAAUAUCAUGCCCAAUUAACACGGUUUGUGCGAACAGUGCAACAGGAUUUUAUUGCAACUGUGAUAAUACUCAUAUGGGGCCAUGUUGUGAAUAUGAGAAAGAUACUUGUGAAUACAACAAGUGCGCCCACGGACGAUGUGUGGUUAGGCGACAGGGGGGCUCUGUAUGCAAUUGUGAUCCCAAAUAUAUGGGUCCCCGGUGUGAGCAGCUUAUAGUGGAUUGCUCUGUGAAUCCUUGCCGGAAUGGCGGAACAUGUGUUAACACUGCGUCCCGGCCCGGAUUCCACUGCGCUUGCUUGCCACGAUGGAAGGGAUCAGUCUGCGAAAAAGCCCAUAAUGCCUGUAUCUCAAACUAUUGUUUGAACGAUGGAUACUGCUAUCUAAUUUACGGUGAUCCGAAAUGUCGAUGCCCUGUGACACAUACUGGCUUAAGAUGUGAAACUCCUGUAAAAACGUGCAUUCCGAACCCAUGUUUGAACGGUGGUACUUGUGUUGUUACUGAUGACGACCAGCGACUUUAUAAAUGUGUUUGCUUAUCAACCUUCACAGGAACUGUUUGUGGAGAAGACAUAAAUGAAUGCUCGCGCAACCAGAGCCUUUGUCUGCAACAGGGGCAGUGCAAGAACAGGUUUGGUGGUUUCAGGUGUCAAUGUGCACAAUCUUACAUGUCGAUCAACUGUUCAACGGGAAUUAAGUUUUGCCGCCCUGAAACUUGCAAGCAACUUGGUAGCUGCGAAAAUUUGCCAAAAUAUGGCACAUUUAACUGCCAGUGCAAGAAGCCGUUUGUUGGAAAGAGAUGUCAAAUCGUCACCGCAGAAAAGUGCAGUGUAAUAUCAUCUCAUCGUUUCGCGACGGUUGGAGAAUAUAUUGCCUACUCUGUUGCCUGCGGCAGUCUCGGUGAUUAUCCGAAAGUGACACUGGAUAUGGGGGAUAAAAUGAUUUUUCAAGCUCUGCCUUUCCAGUCUACAAACAAGACUGUCAAGCUGACCGAAUACGUGUUUAAUGCUACCAGAAGUUCAGCACAAAUUAGUCAUUUUGAAGAAGGCAGUGUUUAUCUUUAUUACCAUUUUUACAAUGUGCCUGGAGACUACAUUGCAACGGCCACAAUCUACAAUCGUGGGCGUAGAACAGCGCAAUCUUCCAUUCCUGUGACAAUACAAACAAACAAAAACACCUGUUUUCCUACGGUGGAAAUUGUAAAUGGUGGUUGGGAUCCCACAAUUGGUUUGAAGAUUUAUUACUAUGAACAGUUUACAUUCGAAUCUAAAAUUUCCUUAUCGAGGGAGUGUUUGCAUUAUGCAGCACUUUAUUCAUGGCAGUUGUAUAAUAUAUCUGGAGAACCCUCUCUGCCAAGCCAAGAUAACGCAGUUGAUCUUGGAUCCUAUGUAUGGAAAAAAAAUAACAAAUCAAUCCGCUUCAUCAACCGAGGGGAACAAAGACUUCCAUUAGGAAGUUAUAUGGUCACAGUAAACGUUACGAUUUCCUCGCUUUCCGGGAACAAAACCUUCUGGAAUAUCGACCGAGGAUGGUUUAAAGUCGUAACAGAUCCAGCUACACCUUGGAUUGAAGGGGGCGAAAGAAUUACACUUAACGUCGAUGAAGUGGAAUCUCCGGCUCUGAGGGUACUACAGUACGAAGAACCAACGCCCUUCAUUCCGGAUGAAGAAGCGCCGGCCUUCAUUUCACCGGCGUUCAUUCCAUUGUAUUGGACGCAAAUGGAGGGAAAACUAUCCGAAAUUUCGAACCAGUUGCGAACAUGGGAUCAAUCUGGGACCUUACGUUGUGAAUCGGAACACCGUAAUUGUCCUCAAGUGAUAGAAAGCAGCAGUGAGCCUAUUUUGCAUCUGGAUUCCGCGAGCUUAGUUAUUCACAAUUUGGAACCCUUCCGACCCGGAACUUCAUAUGUAUUCCAAGUAAUUAUGAGAGCUCAGUAUGAAAGUGGAGGUGUACAAGUGGAUCGCUUUCACAUUGCUUCGCAAGAAAUUAAGACAGUUUCCACUGGAUUUCCAUCAGUAAAGAUUACCUGUCAUGUGAUUGUGAGAUCGGGAUGUCAAGAUGAAGUAAACCCCAAUCAGCGACUAGUAAGAACCGCCGAAUGCUUGGGCUGCCAAAUCCGAUACUGGAGCGUUUAUGCGAUAAGAACGUCAAAACAGCCAAGCACCAGAGCUCAGCACUCCGAAGAUGGGACGGGAGUGGUAUUCAACUGGGAAAGUGGGUGUAUGAAAAGCCGGAAUGAUACGCUAUUGAUUGUUAAACCGGGAUCAUUAGCACCAGGAGUAAAAUACAUAUUCCAACACGUCGGAAGAUCGGCAGAUGACCUGCAAAGUAUUGCAUCAUUUGAGGUCACCGUGAAUCCGACCCCCAAGCCAGGAUUAUGCAUCGUAUUUCCCGCAGUUGGAUACGAACUGGAUACUCAUUUUGCUGUACAGUGUACAAACUUUACUGACAAUGACCCUCCAUUAAUUUAUCGCUUCCAUUAUCAUUCGGGCAACGAAAAAUCCGCGCAAACCGCAACUGAUAAAGAUGCGCCACAAGCUCUUGGACGAUUGCUCCAGUACAGCCUUCGACCGACAAUGAAUCCGACAAUGUUGGAACGAGGGUCUUCUGGUCAAUCGUACGGCGGUGUCAUUACCGUCAUAAUUGUGGAUGGUAAAGGGGGCUCGACAAGCUCUAAGCUACUGCUGCGGGUCCUGCCAAGUCCAGAAGAUAUCCCUAAUUCUACUCACUGGCAAAAUGACAUUACCGAACUUCUAAACAAUUCAGCCAGAAUUAGUGAUAGCCAGGGUCUGAUUACUUUGACGGGAACUGUGGCUGUAACCCUGAAUCUUCGACAGGAAGAAAAGUUGAUGUUACGCGGAAAAUCCUCCAAAUUACGGCGCUUUUUGGUGGAAAUCCUAGACCGGGUGCCAAUGGAAAGUAUUGCUACAAUUGAACAAUUGGCAGCCACAUUCGCACAAGUUGUUGGCAGUAUGGAAGAUCUGGAUGACGGCACGCAGGUGUCUCAAAUGUCUGGUGGCCGAAAUGGCGGAAGUGUCAGGACACCUUGGUGGUUGAAUCUGCCUUUCGUACGUUGUACAAAACCCAACCCGCUAUCUCUAUGCAGGAAGAACGGACCAAUGGUUCUGCUAGGGCAGGAAAUGGGAGCGCGGAUACUUGCGACCCUGACGGACAGUAUAACGCAGUUGCUUUUGAAAACCGAGCUUGCUCUCCGGUUAUCAGACUCUUCUGUUUACCGUGAAACUGCAGGGUAUUUACUGAGUGCCAUAUCGAGUUUGGUAGAAGCCAUGGAUCUGUUUUAUCAGAAGAAAGAGGUGCCACAGGAUCAUCAUUUCUCCGAAAACUAUUUCGCAACAACGGAGAAUGUUCUGUCUUUAUGUGGAUUCUUAAUGGUUCCCGGCGACCGUGCAACGCUAUUCUCUACGAACGCGAUGACUUUUGCAAUCGGCAAAACCGAUAUACCGAAUCUGCCUUCGUAUAUCAAGAACGAAGACGCCUUAAACCGUUAUCUGUAUCUCGCAAAUGUCAACGAUAUAGAUGAGAAAAUGGAAAACGUAAUCGAAUUACAGGCGAUAUAUAGCUCGAAGCAGAUGGUUACUUCAAGAAAGACGGACGAGCUUAGCGUAAAUACGCCGAAUAUUAUUAUCACUAUAUGCGAGGUAGAGAACGAAGGACGAAUGGCAGAUUGUAAAGAUAGUAUAAAUUUAUCUACGGAUGUGGCAGUAAUCAAGAUUCCUAUCCGAGAUGUGCCUAUUGUCAAUACAACAAAAGACCAGAAAAUAAAUGCAUUCACAUUGCCUCCCCAAGCGUACACUUCUGGAAACAUAACCAUCUAUAGAGUCCAAAUUCCUUUGGAAAAGGAUCUACUGGUUUGGAUAACAGUGAGAUCGACUCCUGUCCCGCUGCAGAUUCUUGCGCAGCCAACGAACAAGCCGACACUUGAUACCUUUUCAAGUUCUACCGAAGUUGUUCACGUUGCACCUUUCACGAAUGAGACUGCGCUGGAAUUUGCAUUCCCGUUUCUAUUGAGCACCCGGUCGGCGCACGAAUCAACCUUCUUUCUAGCUGUAGUUGCGGGGAGGUUGGAAGACUACACCAACCCAGCAAUUAUUAAGACAACAGAUGACUAUUCUACAGAUGAUUUAGUGAACGUGUCUAUGACUCUUACCGUCCUGUGCGCCACUUGUGUUUCCUGGCAUAAAGAAGAAAGUCAAUGGGUAACAGACGGAUGCAAGGUAUCGGGCCGUUCAACGCCAAGAACUCUUCACUGUGACUGCAAUCAUUUGUCGGUUUUUGCCGGCGAAGUGUUCGUACCACCGGUCUAUCCAGAUCCAGCAACGGAUGCGCCUUUGUAUCUUGCGUACUUCAUUAAUCCCAUAGUUGUUGUGGUCAUCGUUGGUGUUUGGGUAGCUUAUUUUAUUGUUGUACUGGCGGUUCGGAAACUGGACAACGGAGAUCACGGCACGAAAACUACACAAAUUCUACCUAGUAGCGAACCAUCGCACAACUAUUUCUACAAUUUAACAUUUUACACUGGACUUCGUGCACAAGCCGGUACUUCUGCGAAAGUUGGUAUUAUUUUGGAAGGAGAUUACGACAAAAGUUUUCCAAGAAUACUGAAUGAGUCGCAUGACUUUCCUGGAUUCCAUUCUGGAGGGGAAGAUUCAUUUGUAAUUGCUACUGCCGAAUCGUUGGGACGGCUAGUGGCGGUAACAAUUUGGCACAACGGUGAAGGCUCGAGACCAUUCUGGUACAUCGAUGAACUCAUUGUUCGUGACAUACAAACCGAUGAAAUAUUUGCCUUUUUACCAAAACGGUGGUUGGCACCACAUAAAGCUGAUGGACGACUCUUGACUACUGUCCCAGUCGCAACACAUCAAGACCUAACCGCAUUUCGCUAUCGUUUUUCGUCAUUUGUUGGGCGUGGUCUAAGGGAUGGUCACCUGUGGUUGAGCGUGCUCUUCCGACCACCGAGAAGUAACUUUUCGAGGUCACAACGGCUAGUCUGCCUGCUGUCGCUAUUGCUGACCACUGCAUUAUCGUGUCUGUUCUUGUAUGGCAUUCCCCGUGAUCCAGCUGACCAACGGUCAUAUUUUAAGUAUGGAUUUACAUGGAAUCAAGUAUUGCUGGGAGUGGAGAGCGGCCUGAUUGCGCUUCCGGUGAACUUAAUAGUCAUCUGGUUAUUCAAAAGCGCUGCAACAUACAAGAGUGAACAAGCAGAUUUUUCGACACUUCCUAAACAAUCCCUCUGGUUACGCUCCCGGAUUGCUUAUGAAGUGUUUGAUCCAGCUCUUGCUCAUCUAACUACUCAAAUGAAUAUAUUCGAAGUUUCCAACUUGGACGCACCAACGUUUCGUAGAGGCAGUUAUUUUGCGUACGUCAAACACCGGCUGCCCCUCUGGAGCGCACAUAUCGCAUGGUUUAUAGCCUUGGGUGGUGCCAUUGCUUGCACGUACUAUGUUUCACUGUACGGUUUGCGGUUUGGGCGAACAAAGAGUGUCGAAUGGGUAAUGUCAUUUCUCAUUGCGGUUUUCCAAAGCAUUCUUGUGACGCAACCGUUAACAGUUGUCAUUAUGGCAUUCGUGGCGGUAGUUGUAUUUAAAUCACCAGUCGAAAAGGACAACGAAGGUAGAGCCAUCAUAAUCCAGCCAACUAUCCAUCAGAGCAUACUGAACACAUCAGAGAUUAUUGGGGAACGAAAGCCAUUAUCAAAAACAUGGCAAGCAGCAUUACACCAGAUUGCUGUGCUAACAGCCCGGAUGUUCGAAUGGCUGCUGGAUCUAGGACUUAUUCUUACCUUUAUGGUUUGCGUGUAUGUCUUUGUGCAUUGUACAUUUCCGACUGGAAGCUACCGAAUGAGGGAAGAACUGGAAAAUCGCUUUGUUAAAUUAGAACCGCUAAUACGAAUGUCAGACAUGUGGCAAUUCGCGGACAGCUUGGAAAAACUGAUCAAGGACGAUGUUCAUGUAACCCGUCAGGAUAAACUGAUCAAGGGCGACGUUCAUGUAACCCGUCAGAAUGUUUUCAAGAACCUUACCACGGUGCCAGAAGUGGACCCCCGAAACAGUGUCGCGUCCCAAAACUACUCCGGUCCUAGAUUGUACCCCAUAGGACCUGUUCGAAUGCGAAACAUAAGGAUUAUUCAUCGUCUGUGUCCGGUCGACCACAUUAUGGCUGGUGUUGGAACUGGCUGUUAUCCAAAGUACAAAACCUAUCUGCGGGAUAACGGCAACUACGAAUACAGAUGGAACGCGAUUAAAGAGUUGACAACUUCAGAGCAAACAACGACCACACCGGAGGCAACUACUGCAAACAUUCUAUUUACCACGUUAUCACAUACGAACGUGUCGACACUAGAAAGCAGCUCUACCUCUGACGAGUCCAGCAUGACUUUUUCUCAUCGCGUUCGGCGAAGCGUUUCAAAUGCCGAAAAUCUCGACUACUUCAGCUCCACCAGUACAGCCACGACUACGACAGUUAAUAUGAGCGAAUUUUAUGAUGAAACAACAGAAUCGGCAACAACCAGCGGAUUCGACAUUAAGGAGUUCGCCGCAAAUCUGACUGACCAGGGCCAAAACGCCACAAUCCUGCUGUACGACAUUUGGAGCUACAAAAGUGGAACUGAACUGGGAAUAUCAUCCUAUGCCGGCACGCUGACAACUUACGGAACUGGUGGUUUUGUUAUAUUACUGCAAGCAGACGCAAGCAGUUUGGCCACAUCUGUGUCGUUUCUACGAUCUGCCGGGUGGGUGGAUUAUCGUACAAAAGCUGUCAUUAUGCAGUGCAAUGUGUACGACGUCAACGGCAAAUAUCUUAGCGUUGCGAUUCAGAUGUUCGAAAUGCAUGGAUCCGGAGUAAUCUUGCCCUCUCGCUACGUUUAUACGAUUCAUCUGCUGGACAACUACAAGCAUACUAUAUCACUAGUUGCUGCGGGCAUAUUUUCGUUUUUCUUUCUCGUUUUGUUCGUUUACAUCAUCGUUCGAAAAAUAUUUGAACAGCGAUGGAUUUACUUUGGUAGUUUGUGGAACUGUUUGGAUUUCACAAUUGUAAUACUGGCAACAGCAUUAUUUGGAUUAUUUUGGCAGUCGGUUGAUUUAAAGUUUGCGGCUCUUAAGCAGUUUCAAAAUGAUCCAUCUCGAUUCUCUAGCUUCUACUAUGCCGUACUGUUCGAAAAUUCGUACCAUACCGUGGCCGGUAUUUUUCUCUUCUUGUGUAGUAUGAAACUACUCAAGACACUGCGGAUUGGAAGAACUGUUAACGCUUUUCUCCUUGUGCUAUCGGAAUUGGUGAGACCGUUCCUUGGGUUUGCUGCCAUGUUGGUUAUUAGCGCGAUGCCGCUGAUUGUGGCGGGAAUGUUCUUGUUUGGGCAUGCGCAACAGAACACCGGCAUCGGUAAUGGAAUUUUGAGUGCACUACGGCUGAUGACUGCCGAAGGCGAUGAUGGACGAAAAUUUAAAGUUUACGCAGCCAGCCAGUACAUUAUCGGCCCUCUUUACUACCUCAUGACAAUGAUUUGUACCAUGUUUAUAUACUCGAAUCUCCUCAUUGCGUUGAUUAUGGUGAUCUAUUCUACCACGCUGAAGCUUCACAAGGAUACCAUUGAAAAAGAGGGCCAGUUGGCUGAUUUUGUGGUCGAGCGAAUGAUGCGGAUGUUUGGCGUUCAUAUUCGGAAUCCCGUAGUAGAUAUAGAGUAUUUUCCUGCUGUUGUUUUAUUUCGGGAAUAUCUUAACAGCGCGGAAGUUUUGCGGAAACGACCAAAAGGAAUUCGGCUUGAAAGAUGGUCUGAUUUGGUCAGCAUUAAAGAGUUUAGAACGAUGAUGUAUGGUGCUGCUGAAGAUAUGCGAGAACUAUUUUCGGAUAAGGCAUCGGCAGAUAAAACUGAACGCACCGACUUCGUGCAGAACACCGAUGAAUGGUUUUUAGUGGAAAACAUUCCCAAAAGAGCCUUGCGUGGGCCCAGGACAUUUUCUGUCAACAGAAUGACCCCGUUGUACCGAGGUGCUGCGAAUACAAAGCAUUUGGAAGAAAUAGCCGUUCAAGAAGGUUUGACGACCUUUGUCGACGAAAGUCUCUUGGUUUACCGGAAAGCUGUGGAAGCUUCGAAGAAGGAGUUUGAUUGGGUGUGACAAAUGUUUGUCGACUGAUGUGCAUGCCUGAAGUACGUGAAUUAUAUUCAGAUGUGAAUUCUGAAUUGUAGAUUUUUCCUUUUAGUUUUUCAGUCUUUCCUCUUUGCAGUUUCUUUGUCAUUGUACUGUAAAAUGGAAAUUAUGCAUUUCCGGACUAAUCUUUCGUUACCAAAUACCUUGUUUUUAUGGCGGUUGGAUGUACGGUAAAACUUUGCAUGCUGUAGCCUCGGCACUGUAGCACUGCAGGAAAUGUGAAUUUGAAUAUCGAGCAACUGCAAAGGUUUUAAAAGCGAUCCUACG